GAAAGUGAGUAUUGGACUUUCAUUACUUCCUCAAUAACAUACCAAAGUGAAAGUGCAACUGAUACAAUUGUAUCAAAUAACAAAAUUAUCAAUUAAAAUUAAUUCGUAUCAGCAUCAUCAUGUUGACAAAUAUUUACGACACAACAUACAAAUUUAUAGAAUCGUAUAAUUUCAAUAUACUCAACUUUAUAUUUAUUGGUUUUACCGUAGUGAUAGUAAUAUUCGGUAGCUUAAUUAAUAUUGUCGAGACACUACUGCCAGAUUGUUUGCGACAGUCAUUCCGUUAUGGCAAACACAGCCACAAAGGACCAGCUAAUGCGUUAAUUAGUAUGACGGAAGUACCAAAGAGUUGGUUUAAACAUUUCUACAUAUUUUCUUUUACUUGGUCUCUGUUGGCACUUUCACUGCUGCUAAAGGGAUUCAUUAUGAAUGCUACAGCGCCAGAGAUAGUGCUUGCAUUUCUGGAUUUUAUUGCUGGUGGUCAAGCAAAUAGAAGUGUGCAAGUAGAUUCGACAUCCGCUUUAGUUGCUAGCGUACUGCUGACCAUCCAAUGUGGCAGACGUUUUUAUGAAACAAAUUUCGUACAAAUAUUCUCCAAAUAUAGUAAAAUCAAUUGGAGUCAUUAUUUAGUGGGACACAUACAUUAUUUUGGUGCAAUAUUGGCAUUAUUAAGCAACACUGAAGGCUUUGUGAGAGGAACAUUGCCGUCAGCAUUCUCUUUCAAGCACAUAACACUCAUACAGUAUCUCUGCAUGUUCAUUUUCCACUUUAGCUGGACACAACAGUACAAAUCUAAUAUGAUACUCGUUAAUUUACGCAAGGAUGCUAAAAGUGGUGAAAUAAAAACCGAGAAGCAUUUGCUACCCACCGGUGGGUUCUUCAACAUAAUAUCCUCACCACAUAUGUUCUUCGAAGUUGUAAUGUAUUUGGCACUUUUGGGUCUAUUGCCCAAUAGUACAACUUGGAUACUCGUGGUUAUUUGGGUAUUUUGUAACCAGUUGGCAAAUGCGCUGCUGACACACAAAUGGUAUAAGGAGAAUUUUAAAAACUAUCCAAAAAAUAGAAAAGCACUUAUUCCCUUUAUUUUGUAAAUUUGUGAAUUUUACCAAAAAUAGUUUAAUAUAGUUUGAUAUAUUAAUUUAAUUCAAAUAAAACAUAUGUAAAACUUGAGGUUUUAAUACAAUUUUAUUCAAACUCUCUUAACACUCACUAAAAUAAAUUGUACACUCAGAAACUCAGCUAAGAAUGUUAUUGACUUCAUCGGGGGAAAACUUGGAAUUCAAGUUUGUUGUUUACUUGAAAAGGAAACUGAAAAAUAAUAUAAAAAUUUAUAAAUAUUAUAAUUAAAGACUCAAUGUAGCAGUAAUGCAUUAAUAGUUUCUCAGUAGUUAGAAAAAAAAAUGUGUUUACCUGUAAGGAUACCCCUGCGCCUUCGAUCGAAAUACCGACAACAAAAACGAAAAGAAUACUACUACCAGUAGUAGACCCGCGAUUGCCAUAAUACGCGCUCUUUUCUGAUCGCUUUGAGAACCAGAUUCAGUUAGCAGAACCAUGCCCAAUACAA